GGAGCCAUGAAUAAGUCAGAGCUAUCUACUGUAACACACUUUGUCCUGCUAGGCUUUCCUGGCCCUUGGGAAAUGCAGAUCCUCCUUUUCUGGAUAAUUUUGUCGAUCUACAUCUUGACUCUGACUGGGAAUAUGGCCAUCAUUUGUGCAGUGAGGUGGGACCCACGACUCCAUACUCCCAUGUAUGUGCUCCUGGCCAACUUCUCCUUCCUAGAGCUCUGUUAUGUGACCUGCACAGUUCCCAAGAUGCUGGUUAACUUUCUUUCCAAAACCAAGACCAUUUCGUUCUCUGGCUGCUUCACUCAAUUUUAUUUCUUCUUUGCCCUGGGAACAACUGAAUGCUUCUUCCUUUGUAUCAUGGCUUAUGACCGGUACCUGGCCAUCUGCUACCCACUGCACUAUCCCUCCAUCAUGACUCUGAGGCUCUGUGGCAUUCUGGUGUCUCUUUGUUGGCUCAUUGGUUUCCUUGGACAUUUAAUUCCCAUUUUGUUCAUUUCUCAACUACCUUUCUGUGGUCCUAACAUCAUUGAUCAUUUCCUAUGUGAUGUGAACCCAUUAAUAGCACUGUCCUGUGUCCCUGGACCCACCAUAGAGCAUGUAUUACACUUUGUGUGUACUCUGUUUAUCAUUAUCACUGUUUUCUACAUCCUUGGAUCUUAUGCCUUAGUGCUCAGAUCUGUACUUCAAGUUCCUUCUUCAGUGGGUCGGCGAAAGGCCUUCUCUACAUGUGGAUCCCACCUCGUGGUGGUGUCUCUAUUCUAUGGAACCAUAAUAGUGAUGUAUGUGUCUCCCACUUCUGGAAAUUCAGUUGCUAUGCAAAAGAUCAUCACGCUGAUAUACUCUGUAGUUACACCUGCUUUAAACCCCAUCAUCUACAGCCUCCGAAACAAGGACAUGAAAUCUGCUCUCCAUCGUAUAAUCUGUGGGAUGAGGAUGAUCCAAGGCUCAUAA